AUGACAGCCAAGGAGACCCCUGCCAUUGGGGCGGCUGCUGAGACUAUGAAAGAGCCUGCGACCGAGUCGGAGUCUCUUGACAAUACUACCAGUGAAGUCUCGCCUUCUGGUACAAUCUUCUCCAAAAUCAGCGGCUGGUAUGCCAGGCCUAUCUUCCAGCUGAUUUUGGUUGCCCUCAUCUGUUUCCUUUGCCCUGGCAUGUUCAAUGCCCUGAGCGGCAUGGGAGGAGGUGGACUGACAGAUGCAACCCUGGUGGACAAAAUGAACACUGCUCUAUAUGUUACUUCUGCCUUCACCAGUUUCUUUUCCGGUACAAUCGUGAACCGACUGGGUGUGAGACUUACACUCGCCUGUGGAGGUAUCGGUUAUUGUAUUUACGUCGCCAGCUUGCUCACCUCACUACACAAACACGUCCCCGGUUUCAACAUCUUCGCCGGCUUCUUGCUCGGUGUGUGCUCUGGCCUGCUAUGGACUGCUCAGGGCACAAUCAUGGUCUCAUACCCAUUGGAGCACCAGAAGGGCCGCUUCUUCACUUUGUUCUGGUCUAUCUUUAACGUUGGAUCGUGUGUUGGCAGUUUGAUUGUCCUUGCAAACAGCAUCAACGAGAGGACUAAUGUCAACGUUCCAGAUAGCACUUAUAUCGUCUUUGUCGUGCUGACAUUCCUGGGCUCUGUUGUUGGCCUUUUCGUCGCCGACGCAAAGAAGGUUGUCCGGUCGGAUGGAUCGAAAGUCAUCGUGAUGAAGAACCCUAGUUGGAAGUCCGAGUUCAUCGGUCUCUGGACAACCCUCCGCAGCGAGCCCUCUGUCUUGCUGCUUUUCCCUAUGUUCUGGUCGUCCAACUGGUUCAUCUCCUACCAGACCAGCUCCGUCAACAGCGCUUAUUUCAACACCCGUACCAAGGCGUUGAACACCUUCCUCUACUACAUUGCUCACAUCCUCGGCGCUAUCUUUAUUAGUACCAUGGAUCUGAACUACUUCCGCCGCACUAUUCGUGCUAGGGGAAUGCUUGUCAUUCUCUUCACUCUGACGAUGGUCAUUCAUGGUGGCGGUUAUGUGUUCCAGAAAGGAUACACUCGCCCUGCCAACGGCGCGAAACCGUCCAUCAAUACGGACUGGACUGAUUCAGAUUAUGGUGGUCCAAUGUUUUUGUACUUCUGCUAUGGAUUCUAUGAUGUUGUCUGGCAGGGUUCUGUAUACUGGUACAUUGGAACGAUUAGUAACUCUGGUCGUAAGAGCGCCAACUACGUCGGCUUCUACAAGGGUAUCCAGUCUGCCGGCGCUGGUGUCAUGUGGGCUUGGGACUCAACCCACCCUGCGUAUAUGUCCGAGUUCGCUAGCAAUUGGGGCCUUCUCGCCGGCUCUGUCAUUUGCGCUGCCCCUAUGAUUUGGUUUAAAAUCAAGGAUCAUGUUGAUGUCGAGGAUGAUUUGAAGGGUACAGACGAGACACUCGAGGAUGUGAAGCCUGUCGAUACAGAAAAACGUGAUUUAUCACGCGAAGCUUGA